GCUUUGGGGCUUCAUUCACCAUUUUGCGACUGUAGUGUAGAAAAUACAGGGCAGUAGUUUUUCCUCCUUUUAAGUUGCUUUGCCGGAGAAACAUGAACGGCCGCUAAUUGGCAGCUGCGGACGACUGGUCACCCUGCCCUAUUUUACCCGGCGGACUCAACACAGAAACACACCGGGGUACUAUAUUAGCUCUGAGUCUCUGGAAUAAGGUGGGCAAGUGCCGAAGUCGCGCAACGAAGACAAGACAGGAUGAAAGAGGGAGGCCUCGGCAGAGGAGGAAAAUAGAGAGAAAGGAAAGGAGGGGAAAGAAGAAAAAAACUAGGCAGAGCAAGCAAGGAACACCAAGGAGAAUCUCUGGGAUAAAUAAAUAAAAAGACUUGUUUGGAGAAAAGGCAAGCUAGAUGAAAAGAUGAAGCCGAUUAAAAAGCAGGGCCGGCGCUCUCCUCCCUCCACCCGGGCCAAAGGGGGGAAGCGUCGCGGAGUGGGGGAUGUCCCAGAAGGAGGGGAGAAGAGAGACUCAGAUGAGAACAGAGAUAGAAGCAGAUCCCCGCAAAACCAAACUCCCUCCUCUUCAUUUUCUUCUAAUUCACAUUCAGAGUCCUCCCAGGCGGACCCAAUCAGGGCGCGGGACACUUCGGAGGGGGAGGGGCUUCACAGAGAGGCGCUGUCAGAGACGCUUAUGAUGGAUUCUGGGAAAUUGUUGACGCCCUCGGACGACAGAUCAGGGAGGUCAGCUGUGAGCGGCGGCAGCCACAGCGACAGUGGUGGUAGCAGUUGUAGUAACAGCAGUACGCCGAGCGCCAACAACAGCCCGAACCCGCCUCCAGCCGGAAAACGGCGACCUUCAAGGCCCGCGUCCCCAAGAAGAAGUACACCUCUGAACACUGCUUGUCUACUACUGCUGGUAACCAUAGCAACCCUGCCUCCAGCACGCCCCCUCCUCUUACUCUGAGUGGUGGGGU